AUGUCCCCGCAGCCAGAAGAUGAUCCUACUUCUUCAGACUCGACUCGCCAGGGCAGCCUGGUCACCGUAUUUCGCAGCUUGACAAGCCCCAAGUCAAUCAAAGCCCCGACUCCGCCUUCCAAUCCGUCGGCUGCCUUGCCUCGAGCCGACCUCAUCAACCCCGUCUCAACAAGCUCCGGGGGGCUGUCUACCAACCACAUGGAUGCAUUCGAGCAGCUCAAGAACGGCAGCCCCAGCGAGCGAGUAUCUGCUGCGAAUACCUUGAAGUACGCGAUUACUGAAUACCCGCUCAACCCGAUCCUGGAUAUCUGGUAUGCCGCAAAGGACCUCAUCGACCCAAGCAACCCAGCUUCCACGAGAGCUGCCGGCUGGGAGUUAUUGACGGAAUGUGCGAAGCAUGCAUCUUCGACCGACUUGGAGAGGAAAGAGUACUUUCAAACUCUGUCUGCCGCUGCCAACCCCGAAGAUUUUCAUCUGCAACUGGCAGCUCUGGUAGACCUGACAAGCCAUGGCCGUGUGCUCGCUGGUUUUGACUACGAUCUACUCCCCCUUCUGACAAUUUGGCUUCAAGAGGCGUAUAGGGAAGCGCGCAUCGCCAGGAAAAACUCGCAUCCAGGCCGAGGUGCCAGCAGUUCUGCCAGGGGCAAGACUGCUGCAUCGGGCGAAGACAAGAAUUUUGCACAGUUGUUCUUGUUUCUCCUCGAUGUCAUCAAGUUUAGCUUCAACAAUGCGGACGAACCGGCCGUUGUCGAUUUGAUCGAGACCAUCCUCACUAUCUGCAUGAACACUAGCCAGGAGGAUGAUUUGCGCUCUUGUAUCAACGUUCUAGAUGCUAUCGUGACCUUUGGCUCUAUCCCGCAGAGCAAGCUGAAGGAUUGUGUUCAAGUUCUCAGCUCAAUCUACUGCUUGGUCCCUAACUUGCAAAAGAACUCGUGGCACACCAUUGCUAAUUUGUGCAAGUCACAUAACGGCCAAGCCACGAUUCGAAUUAUGCUUGACAUACUAAGAAACCUGCAACCUGGCGUCACUGACAAAGACUGGAGCAGAGAAAUUCGGGGGAGCUUGGCAGUACUCCAGAAGCUGCUGUCCAAGACGACGGAAAAGGGCUACCCACAAGUUCCGUACGCAUUAUUAAUCGACGGACUGUCGAAUACGCUCAAGGCCACGAAAUCUUUCCGAGUCUAUGCUGCGACUCUGCAACUCAUCAACUCCCUUUUCGACGACGGACUCGGCAACAUCCACCGUCUCAUUGUGGAUGAAGAUUGGUCGAUAUCCCUUGACGUUGCGGCUGAAUGUUACCGACGUGUUCAUGAAGGUGCUGACAGACGGCAGGGCAUUCAGGCCAAUGACGAAUCCCCAGAAGCUAUGGUUGACCGCGAACUCCUGACACUCAUCCGACGCCUGGACACUGUUGUCAAGGGGAAAACUGGCGACUUUGUGCCCCGACAAACGAUUGUGAAAUUUUUCGCAGACGUUCAUAACCUACUCCCAGACGAGACAGCCAAGACGGUCCUUGAUUACUUCCAGGAAUUUCGAUGCUGUUCUCCAUCAGAUUUGAGGUGGGAAGAAAAUCUGAAUCUGGUAUUGGAAGCCUUCUUCAGCAACCGCAGCCGAAGCUCCGACACGCGACUGAGGGCUCUGCAGGCCAUGAUGGACGCAUACGAGAUUGUCGACCUCGUGGGUGAUGGCGCCGAGCAGAACUUCAUUCCAAGGCUGGCCAAGAGCCUUCUGCAGAACAUUGCCGAAGAAGGUGACGUUCUGGUGUUGGAUGCCGCCAUGUCACUUAUGGUUUCUGUUGUCGUGUCGUGCGACAUGGAGCUCUUUGACUUUAUUAUCGACGCAUUGAGAGCUAUAGUCGUUGGCGAUCGACUCAACUUUCCUGCCUCGCCUCCUGAUCUGUCAUCUACGAUUUCUCCAACAACGAUGGACACACCUGCAGCCGGGCUCGGACAACCACAGUCUCCUUCAAAUGUUGUUACAAGGGGGUACGUCAGAAUGUUUCUGCGAACCAUGAAUUCCCAUCCCAACAAGAGUGUCAAGUUGUACACUACUCUGAUUGGGAUUGUGAAAACGAAUCAAUGCGAAACUGAUGCCAGGCUCACGGCGAUGAAGCUUUUGUUUCGGCUGCGCGCUGAUUGGGCCAACAGAGUCUUUGUUACUGACGAUCUUGACAAUGCGUCUCUGGCAACUGCCAUGUAUCGUACAGAUGAAUCAUUCGCAAAGAAGCAGGCAGAAGAAGCAGCUCAGUCUUUUCGCCUGUCAAGAAGCGACCACGGCAACCAGUCCCGAUCGUCGCGAGGUGUCUCUCUAAGCCAGUCACAGCAUCAAGAGCGAAGUCAUCCAGUACGAACUCCUAGUGGCGCCAAGAGCAUUGCUGCUAGGUACCACCCGCUUUGGAAAUGCCCAGAUCCUGAUGCCCAGACUGAACAAAUCCCUAGCCUCAUCAGUCCCGUGCUCGUGUCCCACUCGACGGCGACUGAGUCUGCAGACGAGAGUGAAGAUUCAGAUGGGCCCACGUCGAGUGUCGAGCAACGCAAACCAUCAGUGCUUAACAUGACAUAUUGGCUUGACGCUGUUCUCGAUAUAUUACAAGACAGUGAAUGGGAGAUUUAUAGUUUCGCCCUCGUCCAUCUGCCAUCACAGCUCAGCAACCAUGCCAUAUUCAGGGAUGCAAUUGAGCAGAUUCAAGAACUGCGUCGAGUCAUUUGCGAUCAAAUUCGAACAAAUGGCUUCCAGGAGCCCCCGUUCGUAUCUGGUUUGCGACGGGCCGAUGUCGCCAUAUGCCUCUACCACAGCCUUACAAUGAUUCUCAGCUACCACGAACACUUUGGCAAAGGCGACGAGGAUGAGAUUGUCAUGACAUUUGUUCUUGGCAUCGGUACCUGGGAACGCGCCGCAAAAUACUGCAUUCACGCCUUGUCCAUAUGCUGCCAUGAGCUUCCCCUCUCCACUGGCAGGUCUCUUGUUCAAAUGCUUAACCAUAUGGCGGCGAGCAUCACGCAGCCUCAUGUUUCAGUCCAUAUUCUGGAAUUCCUGGCAUGUCUCAGCCGGCUACACGAUGUAUACGUCAACUUUAGAGACGCAGAGUACAAAAUGAUUUUCGGAAUCUGCCUCCGCUAUCUGGAGUAUGCAAGGGAGAAACGACAGUCCCAUCGCAGUAGCCACAGCGUUGAGCCUAAUACAUCUGGUAUGUCUGGUGCGGCUACGGUAGAGCCUGCGCAGACCGGUCCCCCCUCCGAGGAGCUUCCCCAAUACGUUCAUGCUUUGGCGUACCAUGUGAUUUUAUUCUGGUUUCUGGCCCUGAAACUUCCAGAUCGUGCUACGCAUGUCGCAUUGAUCAUAAAGAAGCUAUUUUCUGAUCCCGAAAGCUCUGGACCGAAUGCUGAUGAACAAGCUCUUACGUCGAUCGACUUCAUGCAGAGAGUCACAUACGCCGAUGUGGAUGAGUCAUGCGAAGACCCAUACUUUACCGAGGAUCGAUUCGGGCCCAUUUUAAAAAAACAAUGGCUUAUUGGAAACAGUAUUGUGACAGUGAAGCAGGCGACAAUAUCCGGGUGGGCACAAAUCAUCAAGCGACAACCUUCUGGGACGUCGGCGUAUACGAUCCGAGAGACUUACACGGCACCACCCCCACACCAGGUCGAGAACCAAGUUGACGUGAGCCGAGAAGGUCAGGCAACGAGUAACUCCAUCCUCCCCAGUCAUGUACUGGUUCAGCUUAUGUCGCCAGUGCCUCAGAGCUUUGAGUCCGCACGUCCUAUUCCUUUGCCGGAUGAUGAUGCCGUUGACCGUGCAAUCAGGGUGUUUGACCGAAGCUCCAGCGUGGACAGCCACAAGGUCGGCGUAAUAUACAUUGGGGAGGGGCAGAAGAGGGAGGCAGAUAUUCUUGCCAACGUCUCUGGCAGCAGCGACUACACGGACUUCUUGAACAACCUCGGAACUCUCACUAGGCUGAAAGGAGCAACUUUUAACACGCAGGGAUUGGAUCGGGAAUAUGACUCGGAUGGCCAGUACACGUUUUGCUGGCGUGACAGGGUGACGGAAAUUGUUUUCCACUGCACUCUCAAGAAACGACAUAUCGGGAACGACUUUGUCAGUAUCAUAUUCAACGAUUCAGGCGCACCAUUCAUGUUUGAUACAUUCCCGAGCCAAUUCAAUUAUGUCAACAUCGUUAUAACACCGGCGUCGCGGGCGUCUUUUAUUGCAACUCGAACGGCGGACAGGCGUGGGGCCACGUCUGGACAACCAUUCUACAGAGUUCAGGUUCUGAGCAAGCCUGGCUUUCCGGAAAUAUCGCCGGCAUCGGAGACAAAGAUGGUAUCUUUAAAUGCGCUGCCCGGUUUCAUCCGCCUUCUUGCCCUCAACGCUUCGGUGUUCUCCCAUGUCUGGAACGCCAGAGAGGGCGGCGAGCACAUCAGCUCUUGGAGUGGUCGGCUCAGAGAGAUUAAGCGUCUUCGAGAGAGAUAUGGACCAAAAACAACGGCGACCUUGGUCGCGUCAUCACCGCCGAUCUCGACGUCACAGACUCAAGCUUCUGAGUCCUCACGCCCAAGCAGUGGCGUACGAGAUAGUUUCAGCAGCUUGCGGCGUACCAGCGUGGCCACUUUCUUCACCAGCACCAGCGAACAAACAUCCCACCGGUCCUCCAUGCUCUCUACCGCCCCUACACAUGACACCGAAGUAGGGAAUACAAAUGGAGUGAACCCAUUAGUAGAGUCUCUUGAUUUUUCUAAAUGGGCUUGA